AUUCUUCUCUUACUCUUUCUCGCAAACCUCAUCUACGCUUCACCUAUGGCGACGCUAAUGGAGCCCAGGGCUUUGAUGGCAAGCAUCUGCCAAAUGCUUAGCAAUUGCAGCACCGACUUACAGAGCCUCGAGAGUGAAUUUGGACCAUUGCCAUCCUUGUUCGUCAAUCCCGGCGGGCGGAGGAAGACCGGUCAAGUUCACGAAGCGAAAUGCCUCAGGGACGCUCUGGACCGUGAAGUUGAGAGAAUGAAAUGGCUACAAUUUGACCUCCUAGAACCAGGCGGUAAUAAGCUGCAUCUGGUUCCCGAUGAUCAACGAAACCUCGCCAUCGAUGGGCUCUACAACGCUCUAAAUUAUCUCAAAUCACGUAUCUGCGUGGUCAUUCAGGAUUACAAGAAGAGAGCUGAUUCUCAACUCGGGGCGAAGGCAUUUAGACACGCUGAUAUGGCAGCACUUUACCGAAACAUGAACCACUUUUUGCACAGUGCCAUGGCCCAAGCUGGGCGGGCGGCCAAGAUUUUGCGACACAGCCCUGCGUGUACUUGGUCGAAACACCAAUGCCAUGAAGUAUCACACAACCUUGGGGUGGAUAGUCUUAAACUGAUUCCUCCUGAUGCACAUCCACCACAUGUAGAGUACUAGUUCUGGUUGUUCGACUUGGGAAUUAUUGAUUGCCAUGUGUAGUUGGAUGGAUUGGGAGCUGUGGAAGCGAUGCCGGGAGAACUGCAAGCAGGGAUGGAGCCAAAUCCAAGAAUACGAAAGCAAAGUUGUUGUCUCAGAAGUCCAUUUCCCUUGCGAAGAUUGCUCAUGGAAAUUCAAGGACAUCCUCAC